UUCCGGAGGCUGGGAGGCCGACUCCCUCCACGGGCCGAGUUUCUCGGCCCCCUGGCGUACCCCCUUGGCCCGGCGGCGGACCCAGGGUGCUGCCGUCGCGCCCGGGACUCCCCGCGGGCGUGGGAAAGGGAAGGACGCGAGGCCGCGCCCCGGGCCUGAGAGCCCGGGCUGAGGGCGGGAGGGAAGCGGGGGCCCGGGGGGCGCGCAGCCACCCGCGCAGCUGCUUCCCGGGCUCAGGCUGCGUUCGCAGCGGGCCUACCUGAAAGGCUGCGCGAGGCCGACCCGCCCGUGAUGCCGGCCCUCCCUCCGGCCCCUCCGAGGAGCCCGAGCCCCCGCGCCCGCCAAGUGUGCUCUCGGCCUCACGCUCCCAGGGAACUGACCGGACGGGCCUCGCCACCGCAUACUUUUCCUUUAGAGAAGCCGCCACUCCACAUCCCGGAAUUAGGGAGGAGAAACAAAGUCGGUGUUCACCCGGAUAAUUACGAGAAAGUCCGGGUUUUAAGAAAUGAGUGGUAAAAUGGUGACGUAAAGACAGGAGGAACUCGCACUGAAGAUGCUGGGGGUUCUUUUCAGACGCUUCCCCUUAAGUACUGUGUGGACGGCAACGGGGUCGACUCAGCCCUGAAACCGAGCGGGCACGAGAGCUCGUAAAGGCCGCGUAAAGUAGCGGCAGCCCGUGAAGAGAGGCUGGGAAGCGUCCGUGUCAGAGCACACAGCCCUACGCUUAAAGCCUCCGGCCGUUGGAGCAGGACAACCGGACGGAUUUCCACUCGGAACGCGAUUUCCGCGAGCGCCGGUCUCCCGCCGGAGCCGGCCCGGCGGCCGCCUCCCCUCCUGCGCAGGCGCAGUGCCUCCUCAGGGCAUGGAGGUGGUGGGUCUGCUGCUGUGUGUGGCGGCGGCGGUCCUGGCAUGGGGCUUCCUCUGGGUUUGGGACUCCUGGGAGCGAAUGAAGAGUCCGGAGCAGGCUGGCCUGCCGGGAGGCGGAAGCCGGACCCUGUUGGUGACCGCGCACCCCGACGAUGAAGCCAUGUUCUUUGCUCCCACCGUUCUAGGCUUGGCCCGCCUGCGGCACCAGGUGUCCCUGCUCUGCUUCUCCGCAGGAAAUUACUACAAUCAAGGGGAGACUCGUAAGAAGGAACUUUUGCAGAGCUGUGAUGUUUUGGGGAUUCCACCCUCCAACGUGAUGAUUAUUGACAACAGGGAUUUCCCAGAUGACCCCGGCGUGCGGUGGGACACGGAACGGGUGGCCGACGUCCUCCUCCGGCACGUAGAGGCCCGCCGCAUCAACCUGGUGGUGACCUUUGACGCGAGGGGUGUGAGCGGCCACGGCAACCACGUCGCUCUGUAUGCGGCUGCCAGGACCCUGCACACAGAAGGGAAGUUACCUAAAGGGUGCUUGGUGCUCACGCUCCAGUCUGUGAACCUGCUGCGCAAGUACCUCUCGCUGCUGGACCUGCCCUGCUCCCUGCUGCUUGCCCGCGACGCCCUCUUCGUGCUCAGCCGCCGAGAGGUGGCCCAGGCCCAGAGAGCCAUGUCCUGCCACCGCAGCCAGAUGCUCUGGUUCCGCCACCUCUAUGUGCUCUUCUCCCGGUACAUGAGAAUCAACUCUCUGCACUUCCUCUGAGCCGGGAAGGGCUCUCACACCCAAGGAACAGAGAGAAAAAUGGCCAGGGAGCCCAGGGUGUGUCUGGAGCGGCUCAUCUCCCUGAGCCAAGGAGAUCCCAGCAUAAGACUGCGUCCCGGGCCCCUCUCCUCCAAGCUGCUCGGCCUCUAAGAAAAGGGAGGCCCUGCAGGCCAAUGGGCUGUCCAGACUUGAGCUUCUUCCUCUGGGGAACAAAACCACAACCACCGGAACACACACCACCCGAGGAAAACAGCCACCCUGCUAGCUUCUCAAGCUCUUGUGCAAGACAGUUUACAUAAUGCCACAAUGGAUAUCAACCCCCUAACACAGACACGCAAUUGUCGUAAAUGAAUGUAAAGUGCUCUGAAAUCCCUUCUUAAUGCAAUGUAUUUUUACGUUGUUUCCAAAGCAGGCUCAUCAGACGUAAACACACACAAAAGAAUGGUCUAGGGCUUCCUUGGUGGUGCAGUGGUUAGGAAUUUGCCUGCCAAUGCAGGGGACGCGGGUUCGAGCCCUGGUCCGGGAAGAUCCCACAUGCCGCGGAACAACUAAGUCCGUGCGCCACACCUACUGAGCCUGCGCUCUGGAUCCCAGGCAUCUAGAGCCCGUGCUCCGCAACAAGAGAAGCCACCGCAAUGAGAAGCCCGUGCACCACAGCAAAAAGUAGCCCCCGCUCGCCUCAACUAGAGGAAAGCCCAGUGCAGCAACAAAGACCCAAAGCAGACAAAUUAAUUAAAUUUAAAAAAAAGAAUGGUCUAUACUGAAUUAGUUCAACCAUAAUUCCUUGGAUUUAUCUUUGUGGCCUACAUAUCAGAUUUGAAUCUAGGGAAGACAUGUCCGUUUAACGGCAUACAAUCAAAUAUCUCACUAUCAGUCUUUUGGGAGAAGCAGGAAAUAGGCAGAGAGAUCUGGAGCUGAACACUCAAGAACCUAUGUCCUAAAAUGGUGCUACAAACAAAAGGGCAGCAAGGGGUCUGGCUUGGAAGCUAUUCCGAGUCCAGCUGGUGGUCCAGGAAGUGACCCAAAGAGGGGAAGCUCCAAUUCAGAAAGAGAGAAGACAAACGUGCCGUUACUGGGAACAGAAUGGAUAGGACAGCCACAAAAAUGGAAGAGACUGAGAAAACUAUAGGAGAUGCUAUGCACAGUCCAGGGCAACAAAACUGAAAAUCGAAAGGAAAUGGAUGACUUUCGAGUACAUGUUGGACCACCGCCAGACCCUACCGUAAUGUCACAGAUAGGGUCCAAACACUUCAAUCCCAUAAAAUGCAGCGUUGCAUCACUGCAAGAUGAACGACAACAAGUUUUUUUUAAUCUUCCAAGGACUCAGCAUCAAGCUUGUGCACCCAAGACCUGAAGGAGGUCAGCGUUCCUGGGCAGGUGGCUGUCCUGCUUUCUUUGCCGAGUCUAGGAGUGAGGGAGGGACACCUGUGCAGCAAGAUGCUCAGGACCAAAUGCAUGGCAGCAGGGGGAGAGGCAGAGGAGCCAGGCUCUGCAAGGGGCUGGACCCCCCAAUGGACUGAGGCUGGCGUGGUGGCUGUCUCCGUCCACUGGAGAGCUGCACACUGCUCCUUUUGUUGAGCCCUUGCAAAGUAAAAAACGCUCUCCUAAAACUGAGAGAGUCCCAUGUGGGGGGUCGCCUCCAAACCCCCUUCCACACCCACCCCCCCCAGUACAGCUUUGACCACCCACAUCUGAGAAUAGGAACUAGGGAACAAGAAGUGGAUUAUAUCCAGUGGUGGGCACCUUAUUAAUGGGACUUUACAUGACUACAAUUGACUUAAAAAGUGAAAGGGAAUAGACCCAAUAACCACAGAAGAAAUUAGAAAGGUAAUUAUAACAGAUUUUUUAAAGAUUCCUAGUCUACAUGGUUUUACAGCUAUCUAAAAAUAAUUCCAAUAUUAUUUAGAGCAUAAAAUAGAAAAGUAGUCCAAUUCACAGACAAGAUAACAAAACAUGAAAUAGCACCAAAAAGCACCCUGACAAUUUUACUUGUGAAUAUAGAUGCAACAAUGUAAAAGAAAAUAUUAGCAAACUGAAUCCAGCAGUGCAUCAGAAGAAUUACUACUCCAUGACCAAGUAGGGUAUUAUUCCAGAAUGUAAGAAUGGUUCCACUUUGGGAAAUCCAUCAACAUAAUUCAUUACAUCAACAAAUUAAGAAGAAAAACCAUAUUCUUCUAUGCAUAGGUGCCGAAAGAUAACAAAAUUCAGUCACUAUUUCUAAUAACAACUUUCAAGAAAAAUAGGAAAAAAGAAUACAAUGUAAAUAUAAUAAAGACUAUUUACCGAAAUCUAGCACCUAAAACCAAGUGGACAAGGUAGAAAGGUAAGCUGCCAUCAUCAUGACUAUCAAGGUUGUCCUGAAGGGUGAAGCUGAUGAAGUAGGACAGAACAACAAAAUAAGUGAUAUAAGUAUUGGCAGAGACAGCUAUGUUUAGAAACCCAAGAGACGUCCAUAAAACCUACUCAAAUAAAUGAGGGAAUCUGGUAAGGCAGCUGGAUAAUAGGUAUCUUUACAAAAAUCAACAGACUGUCUUUAAUUGGCAAUAAUGUGACAGAAAUGAAAAUGGGGGGAAAAAUUCCAUUCUCAUCAACUUCAAGAACUAUAAAAUACCUAGGAAUAAGCUCAACAUAAAAGAUAUAAGAUCUGUCUAAAUUUUAUAAUCACUAUUAAAAUUCCAGCUAUCGGGCUUCCCUGGUGGCGCAGUGGUUGAGAGUCCGCCUGCCGAUGCAGGGGACACGGGUUCGUGCCCCGAUCCCGGAAGAUCCCACAUGCCGCGGAGCGGCUGGGCCCGCGAGCCAUGGCCGCGGAGCCUGUGUGUCCGGAGCCUGUGCUCCGCAACGGGAGAGGCCACAGCAGUGAGAGGCCCGCGUACAGCAAAAAAAAAAAAAAAAAAAAAAAAAAUUCCAGCUAUCUUUUUUGCAGAAACUGACAAAUUGAUCCUAAAACAAUAUGGAAUUGCAAGAGACUCGGAAGCCAAAACAAUCUUAAAAAAAAGAACAAAGUUGUAAGACUCACAGGUCCCAAUUUUAAAGACUACUACAAAGACCUAAAUGUAAGACCUAAAACUAUAGAACUCUUAGAAGAAAACACAAAUGUUAAUCUUUGUGACUUUGGAUUAGGCAACAGUUUCUUAAAUAUGGUACCAACAGCACAAGCAACAAAAGAAAAAAUAGAAACCUUUGUACAUCAAAGGACACUAUCAAGAAAGUGAAAUGGAGGCUUCCCUGGUGGCACAGGGGUUAAGAGUCCGUCUGCCAAUGCAGGGGACACGGGUUUGAGCUCUGGUCCGGGAAGAUCCCACGUGCCGCGGAGCAACUAAGCCUGUGCGCCACAACUACUGAGCCAGGGCUCUAGAGAGCCUGUGAGGCACAACUACUGAGCCUGUGCACCUAGAGCCUGAGCUCCACAACAAGAGAAGACACCGCAAUGAGAAGCCUGCUCACAGCAACAAAGAGUAGCCCCUACUCACUGCAACUAGAGAAAGCCCACACACAGCAAUGAAGACCCAACACAGCCAAAAAUAAAUAAAUAAAAUAAAUUAAUUUUUUUUAAAAAAAGUGAAAUGGGAAGAAGUAUUGGCAAAUCAAAUAUCUGAUAAGGACCUAGUAUCCAGAAUAUAUAAACAACUCAACAACAAAAAGACAACCUAAUUAAAAGAUGGGCAAAAGACCUGAAUAUACAUUUAUCCAAGAUUUUCAAAUGGCCAACGAGCACAAGAACAUUAUUAGUCAUUAGGAAAUGCCUAUCAAAACCACAAUGAGGGGACUUCCCUGUUGGUCCAGUGGUACAGAAUCUGCCUUCCAAUGCAGGGGACACGGGUUUGAUCCCUGGUUGGGGAACUAAGAUCCCACACGUGGCGGGGCAACUAAGCCUGCGUGCCACAACUAGAGAAGAGAAAAGCCUCAAGUCACAAAUAGAGAGAAGCCCGUGUGCCACAAUGAAAGAUCCCAUGAGCCACAACUAAGACCCGGCACAGCCAAAAAAACAAAAACAAAACAAAACAAAAAAACGCAAUGAGAUCCUACUUCACACCCAGUAGAAAGGCAGUGAUUAAAACAAACUAACACAGACGAUAACAAGUGUUGGUGAGCAUAUGGAGAAAUGGAACCCUCGAACAUUACUGGUGAGAAUGUAAAACGGUGCAGCUGCUGUGGAGAACAGCUUCACUCUUCUUCAGUAACUUAUUAAAGAUUUACCAUCAGACCCAGCAAUUCCAAUCCUAGGUAUACACCCAAGAAAACUGAAAACAUGUCCGUACAAAAACUUGUGCGCAAGUGUUCAUAGCAGCAUUAUUCAUAACAGCCCAAAAGUGGAAACAACCCAAAUGUCCAUCAACUGAUGAAAAGAUAAAUAUGGCAUUUUGUGUAUUAUUCAGCCAUAAAAAGAAAUGAAGUGUUGACACAUGCUAUAGCGAGGAUGAACUUGGAAAAACAUUAUGCUCAGUAAAAUAAGCUAGGCACAAAAGGCCACCUACUGUACAAAUCCACUUAUCUAAAAUGUCCAGAACAGGCAAAUCCACAGAGACAGAAAGUAGAUUGGUGUUUUCCAGGGGGUGGGGAAAAGGAGUGAUUGCUGAGGAGUGUGGGGAUUCUUUGGGGGAUGUGCAGUGUUCUGUAUUUGGCAGUGGUGAAGGCUGGACAGCCUUGUGAAUAUACAAAAAUCGCUGAAUUCUACGCAUUAAAAGGGUAAAUUUUAUGGUGCAUGAAUUAUAUCUCAGUUCAAGAAAUAAUACUGCAUUAAAAUGUUCUAGCUUACUCUAAGGAUACACACAUGAUAAAGCAGGCAUUGCUCCUGAACCUGGUGAUACUCACCUUACCUGCUAGCCUAGUAAAUACCACAGAGUACAAAUCUUAUUUGUACUUUAACCCAGUUUUAGUGCUUACUGCUUUUAUUUUAAAUAUAGUUUUUAAAAGUUAAAAAAAAUUUAAUGCAGGACAUAAAUCAAGACCUGAAUAAAUGGAGAACUGUACCAUGUUCCCUGAUAGAUUUAAUAUAAAAUCCUUCCAAAGUUAAUAAAUAAGCUGAAUAGCACCAAAUAUAUAUAGUAUAUACAAGUUCCAAUUUAUAAAUUUAUAUAUUUACAUGUUAUAUUCAUCAAUUCCCAUUCUUACAAAGUUAACAUGUAAAUUUAAUGUAGUUGCAGUCAGAAGCUCAAGAGAUUAUCUCUGGACUUGGAUAAAAUUAUUUUUGAGAUAUAUUAGAAGAGGAGAUGUCCAAGAAUAGCCAAAAUAUAAAUAUUAAAAAUAAUGCAGAUAUGGGACCUGCCUUUCUAUACAUUAAAACUUAUAAACCCCAGAAACAGAUCCAAAUUAUGUGAGAACUACUGUACAGUAAAGGGGGCAUUUUAACUCGGUGGAGAAACAUUUAAUAAAUUGUUUCAGGAUGGCUGGUCAGGCAUUUGUAAGAAAACAAAGACUCCAUACUUUAUACCAACUACAAAAAUACAUUGUACAUGAAUUACAGAUUUAUACAUAAAAAUCAAAACAAUUAAAAUAUUGUUUAAGAAACUUGGGAGACUCUAAAUGCAUAUAUACCUUGGAAUGGGGCAGCCCUUACAAAGCCAGGCUGGAAACUCAUAAAAGGAGUAAAGGAAAAAAACAGAUAUUUCACAAGUUUCUGAAAUUAACAGGUAUCACAGAUGUGUUAAUAGCCCAAAUAUAUAAAGAUUGAUAAGAAAAUAUCCCAAAAGAAAAAUGGAUUAAGGAUGGAAAAUUCAUGAAAGAGGAAAUCUAAAUGGCCAUUAAACAGGAAAAACAAUUCAACCUCAGUAGUGGCUACAAAUUAAGGCAAAGAUGAAAAUCUAUUUUUCACUGAAGGUGGUGAUUGGAUUAAAGUAGGAGUUUUCCAGGGAAGAAAAUGAAGAAGGCAGAGGACAUGAAUAGGUCUGCCCCCUCUCUCCCUCUCGUUCUCUCUCUCUCUCUCUCUCUCACACACACAAACACACACACACGAAAUAAAUGUGAAAAAAAUCCCACUACUAACUAAAGGAACACAAAUUAUAUGAAAAUGCCAUUUUCACUUAUCUAAUUUGCAAAGAUGUCUAUCAAUAGUAACGCCCAGUGUUCUAUAGGUGAGGGAAUGGACACAUAUAUGCUACUGGGGCAAACAGAAGAUGGUGGAAUCUUCUGGAAAUCAGUACGUCAGAAAUCUUUAAAAUGUACAU